CUUUAUAUCAAAAUUCAAUAAUUAUUUUUCGCUUUAUUUGGACACCGUAUCAAAACACUGACUAUACAUUUAAUCUUAUCGCGGCAGACCCAAGAGCUUAACAAUAUCUCGAUUACAGUCAGUAUUUCGGCGUGAUGGAUAACAACUAUAUCGUAAAAACGGAAUAUGGGAAGGUCAGAGGCUUCUCACAGAUGUCUCUUGUAGACAUCCCAUACAUUCGAUUUUUGGGCAUUCCAUACGCUACACCACCUGUUGGUAAUCUACGGUUCAAGUCACCGCUGCCACCGUCUCCAUGGGGUGAGAAUAUUCUUGAUGGGAACGAAGAGAAGUCAGCGUGUGCUGGCAAAAAUAAUGUCAUCAAGCAGUUUGUUGGAUCGGAUGACUGUUUAUACUUGAACAUAUUCACAAAAAACUUAAAUCCAAAGAAACCUUGUCCGGUUAUGGUGUAUAUUCAUGGAGGGGGACAUUGUACAGGUUCAAGUACGCUGAAUUCUUACAGUCCUGAUUACAUUUUGAUGUCGGAUGUAGUUCUGGUAACAAUUAACUAUCGUCUUGGUCCACUUGGUUUUUUAACUUUGCAAGACAAAUCCCUUAAUAUACCCGGCAAUGCUGGCCUGAAGGAUCAGCAACUAGCUAUGAAAUUCGUCAAGGAUAAUAUCAGUAAUUUCGGCGGCGAUCCGAAUAAUUGUACCCUGUUCGGGCACAGUUCGGGGGCAACAUGCGUUAGCCUUCAUUGUUUAGCAGAGAGUUCACGUGGAUUAUUUAACCGGGCAUUGGUGAUGUCAGGAUCUCCUGUUGCACCGGAAAGCUGUAUGUUGGAUAAUGAUUACGCUCUUAAAUUGGCUAGACACCUUGGAUUCGAUGGACAUAGCGAGAGUGAUGUGUUGGAAUACUUAGAGAAAGCUGAUGCUAUUGCUAUGGCUGAAGCACAAUUUAACUUAAAUGGUCCCUGCGAAUACGUUCCAUAUACAUUUGGUCCAUGCAUAGAACCCUAUGAAACUAGUACUGCUUUUAUGUUGCAUGAACCAAUGAACUUGUUGAAAAGUGCUUGGAGUAAUGAUAUAGAUUUAAUGUUGGGUGGUACGGCUGACGAAGGAUAUUGUACUGAAUCGAAAUUUGAAAGUGACCCAAACUACGAAUCAAUCAUUCCAUCGGACUUAAAACUUAAAGUGAACGAUAAAACUUUAAAAGAGUAUGCGACUCGCUUGAAAGAUUUUUAUCUUAAACUCUUCCCAACCGAAUACGAGGCAUACAAAACGUUCAACGGGGACCAAUUCCGUUGGAUGGCCAUGCAACGUUUUGUCCAUUCGCGACAGAAUAGCAGUGGAAAAGGGCGUACGUUCUUCUAUCGUUUCGCUGUUGAUUCGCCGACUCAAAACCAUUAUCGCAACCGAUGGUUCGGUUUAGGUAGUAAAGGCGUUGUUCAUGCUGACGAACUAAGUUAUCUGUGGAAGAAUAUUCAGGGUGAUGUUCCCAGUCGCGACUCCAUCGAAUUUCUCAGCAUCAUCAGAUUUGUAAAUUUAAUUACUUCGUUUGCGACAACCGGUGAUCCUAAUUCGAAUGUUUUAAAUUUGGACUUUAAUUCGUUCAAUUGGAAACCUGUGGACACUCCACCGUACAAAGGACUUAAUAUAGGCGAGAUAUUGGAAUUUGAAAUCUUAGGCGAGUCCAAGCGUCUUGAAUUGCUGGAAGCCUUAUAUAAAGAAUCGGCAAUUCAGCUAUUCUAAUCCGACACCGGUUACAAUAACGUUAUAACAACAGUAACAGCAACUACACCGGUGAAACACUCGGACAACAUACUAAUUCAUUUUAUGGGGAUGAUGGUCUUUCGGUAUACAUUUACUUCAACAAAAUUGGAUAUACGGUACUAUUGACAAUAUAAACAGAUAAAU